GGCGGUUUAAACAGUUUUAACAGUGAUUAGAUUGCUAGCAGCUGUCGAAGUGUAUCCCGUACAAAUAGUAUCUUAGCCACAUAUUUUCAAUUUCUUUAUAUGAUAAUAAUCGAAGUAUAAUGUUGCAUCCGGUUGCAUGGCUAGAUACGUACUGAAACGUUAGGCUAAGGUUGGCAAAAUGGAUCAAAGCUAACCGUUAGCCUAACGUUAGCUAGCUUUCUAGGCAGCUAGCCAGGGUUACAGCUGAAUUAGAAAUACCGGUAGCUAGCUAGCUAGGUGAUUUAGGAACAGCUAUGGCUGCAAACCUUCUGAAGGAGUCACCGAUGACCUUAGGACAAUCGAAAAGCUGGGUCACAUUAGGUCCAAAUCGUAGCACUCGACUUUCUCAGAAUCAAUUACUCUUCAAUGCAGCCAUGCCUGCCAACGCAUAUAACCGUGCCACCCAAGUUGGCCCACCUGCACCCAUUGUGAUUGAGAAGCUGAUGCCCUGGGUGGAGAAGCGGGAUGACCUGGAUAGCACCGGCAGCUCUCUGUGUUUCUCUGCUCUGUCUGAGGAGCGUCUGCUGGCUGCAGUCAGGCUGGCCAAGAGAGAUCUGAGGAAGAGACGACAGGAGUCAUUGAACAGCUCCCCCAUCAGACCACAGCCAGAGGAGACCACACCCAUCAAGAGCAAUGUGCAGCAGAAGGGGGUUGUUCCUAAGAGGAGGUCAAAGACGACCGGCACCAAAGAAGAAGUGACUCGGUCUGGAGCCAAGGUGCUUGUAUACACCCCCCAGAAGUACGUCUCCAUACCCCCUGGGCCUGAUCAUGGCCUGUCCCCCCCAACCAGAGACCCAGGCCCAAGGCAGACAGCCAGCCAGGAGCCCCACACAGCCCUCAGCCAGGAGGUCCGCAGGCUGCAGAGAGAGCUGGCCAACUACAUCCAGAGAAUAGAUCAGCUGGCUAACAGAGGGCGAAUGGUUAUAGAGUCCUUGGAGCCUGAUGAGCAGCGCAGGGUGGAGGUCCGCAGACAGGAACAGGCAGCCCGCUCUGCACGCAUCAUCUAUGUGCUACAACAACAGGUGAAAGAGAUCCAAGAGGAUUUAGACAAACUACGCUCACAGAAGAUUCAGCACACAAAUAAAUCCAGAGUGAUGAACAGGUUGGCUGCUGCCCACAGAGGGGCGGUCAGGGCCAUGCAGGUGUUCACUAAUCAGCUGUCUGACAUGUCUGAGGGCAGGAUGCCCUCCUAUUAUAAAGAGAUGGGCCAGCUGAUCCGCCAGCUCUCUCUGUGCUCGGCCAAGGUGGAGGUGGGCCAGGGAUCAGCCGUCCCAGAGACUGCCCUGGACAUCCUGCAGAAACUAGAGACCCUGGAUACUGCUCUAAGCAAGCAGGAGAGUCCAGCACAGAGGAGGCAGGCCCGAGUACGCAGCUCCUCCCCUGCACGCCACCGCAGGUCUCCACAUCGCAUUACGUCUCCUCCCCGUCCCCGUGCACACAGGGGCCCUGCCACCAGGGGUCUCAGAGGACCUCGUAGAGCAGCAGGCCCCAAGAAGUCCUUCCCUGUAGAUAGCAGAGCGGUCCCUCAGCAUCAGCAGCCCCCCAGAGCCACAGAGCCUCCUCCACAGCUGCAUCGCAGCCAGGUGCUCAGGGCUGGCCUGGAGAGCCUGGUCCAUCUCAGAGAAUUCAGGGAAGGAGGGGGGCAGGUCCCCAACAGUCAAGAAGGAGCACUGCACCCCGAUAGGACAAAGAAGCAGGGAGCCCAUGUGAGGGAUGCAGGUUUCCAGCAGCCCACAGUGGCUUCCAGGCUGAGAGUGUGUCAGCACCCACAGAAGGAGGCCUCUGUGCACUGGAUACCCACGUCACCUCACUCUCCUCCUAAACAACAACAACAGUGCUCCCCUCAGAAAAGGCAAGAGCCUCGAUGUCUCUUCUCCCCCCUGAAGCCCUCCUCAGGCCCCUCAGAGCAGCAGCUGAGUGGUGUGGUGACAGCAGAGCAGGACCAGGGUCUGACCUCAGAUAGACAGAGACAAGCCCACAACGAAGCCCUCAGGCAAGCCUGGCUGGACAGGAUGACCAUGCAGAGACUGAGGGACCUAAAUCAGCUGAGUAAAGAUGAAGCAGAACGCAUCCAGAGACUCCGGUCUGAGGUGGGCUCUCCAACCCAGUGGGCUGAGAGAGCUGAGCAGGAGGCCCGAGGGAGACUACAGCCUCUGUUGGACCAGGUCCUGGCUGCGGAGAGCGCUGAGGUGCUGAGUGAGGCCCUGCUAGCGGAGCUGCUGGCCGAUGCAGCGCAGGCCGCCUGGACGUCGGAGACAGACAGACAGACGGAGGGUUUGGCCCAGCUCCAGGCCCCCUCCCUGGAGAGCAUGCUGCUGCGCAUGGAGGAGAUGGAGAAAGAUCAGGAAGCUGUGAGGAGGCGCUUUGCUACCUUCACAUACUCAGACCCUCACUACUGGGACAGAGGGGACACAACUGGGCUUCAGAGGUCUGCUCCAGGCUCCAGGCCAGUCUCUCCUCAGCCUGUUAGGAUCACCAGGCCAGCACUGAGACACACCACCACGGCUGACAUUGUCCUGGAGAGCCCUGUGGAGGCCGGCCACAGUGUCCUGUCUGAGGGCAGCAUCAGGGAGGAGGACUCCCCAGAUCAACCUGGCCGCAGCAACAGCAGCACCUUCCCAGCCCCAGGGGAGAGGAGGGGAGAGGGGAUGCGACUCUCUGUGCCAGCCAGCAUGCAGAGGAGUAUCCAGCAGUACAGACAGGACCACGAGGCCUACCUCCGCCUGGUAGCCCAUAAUGCUGUCGGCAGCUUCAACCCCUGGGCUGUUGCAGAUAGUCUGGCAGAGGAGCUUAUGUCUGAGGUCCUGGCUGACGUUGCAGCAGAGUUCCAGGACGUCUGUGAGGAGUAUGCAGAGGCUGUCUUCACCUCAGAGUUCCUUCAACCAAUCACGUCACCUCCUGCUUCAGUUCCACCGUUAGACAGCCAAUAGACCUCUUCCUCUUCACGGACAUUGGGCGAGUUAGGUUUGCAUCGCCAGGUGUACUGCGUAGGUGGAUAUUUCAAUUCAGGACCAACGGAAUGGUCAAAAAUGUGCAAACUCCGCCCACCCCGGCCACCGGGCGAUGUAGAACGAGCUUGCCUAUUCUUUAGCUUUUAGCCAGCUAAUGAGAUUUCAGUUUUGACUGGGUUAAUGUUUAUAUAUAUAUUUAUUUGUGUUAAAUACUGCGUGAUGCAUCGGUUUUUACUAAAAUGGUGAAAGAACUGUGAAAAAAAAGGAUAAUUGGAAAACAUCCUGAUUGCAUUGAUGUGACAACAUUCAGAAUAGAUUCAGAAUAGAAUGGAACAAACGCAAUGCAGAUUAUUCCUAUUUGGCAGGUUCCUUUCUGUAGUUCUUACAGAGGGAUGGGUGAAUUCCGUUGGGAAAGUUAGUUUUGAAAAGCUUAGAGAGAACAUUAUGACAUUACAGAGGAUUAGAAGAUUAUGUCUCCCCUCUUUCCAUAUAUAAACCUCUCCCAGAGGAUUACUCACGCUUUCCAUUUCCACAUUGAAACAUGGAAGUAAAUUAAUUGUUUGGGGAAUUGACAAUAGGGGGAGAGCAAGCCAAGGGCACGAUUCAUUGAGUAACAGGAAAUCCGGAUAGUAUAUUGCAUUCAUUGAAAUUGUGUGCUUCACUUGCUAUGGCAUGCACCAAAUACUGUAUGUUAGCCAAAUGAGUCAUUUUAAAUUCAAUGAGAGAGCAUAUAUCAUGAGUGCACAUUGGAUGAGGGAGCCUUUACUGGUGUGGCGGAUGUUCUCAGGCCCCGGAGAGAGACUUGAAAGCAGCUGUGGAGGAGAGAGACACAUUCAGAUGUUGAGUUGGCCCCUAGGGGAACUGACUGUGGCAGGGGACAGAGAGUGACUGAGUGAAUUAGCUCACUCUGAAUCAGACCCUCUUUCUCUCCGCCAACUGUGUUUUGUGUGGGUGUCUGAAUACAUGCAGGCUUACACAGGCUUAUGCACGUACACAUGCCUCACUCUCACAGUUCUGUUUCAUUCCAGAGCUCUACACAAAUUGGAGUCUAGGAGCCAUCGCAGCAUUAUAAUAGGAGUUUUUGAAUUGAAGAAUACUUGAAAUUGAAAACUAAUAUUGUUUGUCUGUGAGAUUCAGAAUGGCUAAUUUCGAAUUAUUUUUCAUUGUCAUGGUGCUGAAUGCUGUCUUUUAAUACCUAGGUUGUGAAUGUGCCACCUUCCGCCCCAGACAGCCAACAAAGACUCAUCACAGAAAUGUAUUAUCAACACAAUUAACAAACAGAACAACAAGAUCUCUGUCUAUGAUCUAUUCUGAACAUAAUGAAAUUGGUUUUGUGUGCUUUGAUGCAUUUUCUUAUUGUGAUGUUUUAUGGCACAUUCGUGGCAGACUGUUUUAUACUGAUGCCCAAAGUUUAUUUUGUAAUAACCUUUUACUGGUACAAUAUUUAAAGGUUUUAUUUUGUCAAAAUGAGGUAUUAGGUGAUUCACUUGAUAACCUUAAUGAUAUCAGUAUUAUAACAUAUUUUUUAAAUGAGAUGUAUCUUGCUUUAUCAAUGGGAACUACAGCCACCCAGAUACAGGACUGGGUCUCCUUUUCCACUGUUCUAAUGGUGAAAAUGGCCUGUCCCUACAGUAUGUUAGCCAGUAUAAUUAUCCUUGUCAAAGACAGAAUUCAUGUGACCAUGAAUAUUGACUAUUCAUGAUAAUAUGAAUUCUGUGGUACACACAGUGACUAAUUUUGAGGCAAUAAUGUCCAUUCAGGCUGGAUAGAAUCAUUUUAGGUUUCCCUCAGGGACAGUUCAGCUGAUGGCUGGCACUUUUCAAAAUUCUUUGAAAAUUGGAUAUGAUCUUCACCCAAGUGAGAUCAUUUUUCUCUCUAUAGGACCCAUAUGGACAUAUUUACCUAUUUACAGAACCAGUGAUAUUCUGUUACUCUGAACAACUACUGAAGAGAUUGUAGUAGUUAGAGCCUUGCUCUGGGUGUGGAUAUGGAAGAGGAUUGCAGCUGCUCCAGUUGAGAAAUUGAUCAGCACAGUAUGUGCUCUCCCUGGGCUGUGAUCUCCCUGACAUCAUCAUAUAGUCUGACCUAUAAAAUCUCUGCAUCAGCAACGAGAGAGAAACAACCUUGUUGUGGGUAAUCUUAAAGCAGUGGCAGUCAGGGCUAGUUAUCAAAUGUGAAACACUUAUCCAUGGUUAGAAUUUGAAGAUGUAUUGAAAGCUAAGUCUGUGUGGACGGCUAAACGGCAAAAGGUAUUUAUUUCAGACUUGAGGUGCAACGUUCAUUGUUGUUAGUAGACUAUCUGCACAUGGGUUCAUCUCUUGGCUGCUUUUCUGCUAGAACCUACUGACCCUCACUCUGGAGCAGCCCAAUGUCUCUUAUGACAGACUGGUACAGAAAUGGGACAAAUCCAGUAGUGCAGAAAGACAAUUGGUUCUGAGUGCUGAGAUCAGGUGCUUUGAGUUGCACCCCCUUAUACCCUCAGGCAUGGACUCUACAAGGUGUCGAAAGCGUUCCACAGGGA